UUUAAGCUCGUUUCGUAUUGUUAUUCUCAUUCUAUGUAAAACAAAUACAAAUUUCCUUACAUACAUACUUACUUACAUACAUAUGUAUAUUUAUUACAUGCAAAUAAUAAUGAAAUUGUUAUUAUAAUUUACGUAAUAAAAUAUAGAGUGGGAGAGAGUUAAUUUGCAUUUGAGUGUUUACGUUUGUGUGUUUGAGAGAGUACAAUUGAAAUUCAUGGCUCUUGAAUGCAUUGUGUAGAACUUGUUCAUAUUUUGUUGGAUUACAAUUCAAAUGGCAGUUAAGAUACCAAUGUUGCAACCAAGUACCCAACAACAACAACAAGUGAAAAUAAGUCUACAACAAGACUUGAAUUAUCGAAAGCAACAACCAGAUUUUGUAAGCGACAUUUGUGGUUGUUUCCAAAACAAUUGCCUUAAAUGUGGCCUUAAAGAAAACGACAAAAUUCUGCACAAUUUUAACAACGAAAAGAGAAGACAUUAAGCAAAGCUUAAAUUGCAGAAGAAAAAAAGCAGCAAAACUCCAACAACAACAAAAAAUAAACGAGAGUAAGAAAGAAAGAAAAUCAAACUAAUAAUAAAGGAAAUUUUGAGAAAUAAAAGUAGAAAACUCUCAACCUCUCCUACAAACAUAACGGCAACAAAAAUAUUGUUUUGUUUUGCAAAAAAUAACAGAAAUUACACUAACGGUGCUUAUAAUGGUGGAUAAGGUGAUGAUGUAUAAUAAACAUCAAAAAUACCAACAACAGCAGCAGCAGCAACAACAAAAUCAACUACUACUACACAAACAACCACAGCAACAAUUGAAAUGUAAAAUUAAAUCCCCUAAACCAGAGCGAAGAGAGAAGAAGUCAGCAGAGGGAGGAGAUUUUUAUUACACAUUAAGUACAAGUACAAAAAGUACUAAAACAAAUACAGCAUAUAAUACAAAAGAAACAACAACAACAGCAACAACAACGACAUGUAUUACAGGUAUUGUUGAUAGUUGCUGUGGUAGUUUUAGUGUAAAAUAUUAUCGCCAUCUUUAUGGGGGACGUAAAGGUGGUGGUGGAGGCGGUUUGUAUUUGUGGCUUGUGUUGGUGGUAUUUAUGUUGAUAUUAUGUGGCAAUACCGCAAUUUCUCAGCAACGGAAUAUUAACAAUAAUGUUAGACAAAACAAUAGCAACAAUAACAACAACAACAACAUUGGCAACAUAUUGUUGCAAAUUUCCACACCACCAUCAUCAUCAGCAGCAGCACAAUAUACAAAUAGUAACAAUAAUAGACAUGAUAGGAGGGGGGCUGUGGCGGGUGUUGGCAUCAUAGUAGCGGAUGAAGUAGAAAAACAAGUAUUUGAUGAUGAUGACGAUGAUGCUACACAAAGGCAACAGCAGCAGCAACAAUUACCAGUAAAACCUAAUAUAACAACAAAAACUACUAUAUCAACCUCUUCAUCAUCAUCGUCUUCUUCAUCGUCGUCGUCUUCAUCAUCUAUGUCAUCCUCCUCAUCAUCAUCAUCAUCUUCAAAUAACGCCCCAACAUUAGGCAUUAGUAAUAGCAAUAGCAACAUUAACAAAUACACAACCACCAACAACAACAUCAACAAUUUAAACUCUAAUAACAACGAAUCAUUAUUAAAUGAUGGCGAAAGUAUUAGUGCCACCAGCGGCAAUAACAACAUUAAUAACAACAACAGCAAUAAUAACGAUAAUAAUAGCAGUAGCGAAGAUUUAUUAAAUUCCGCUGAAAUUUUAAAUGAAUCAGAAGAUGGCUACGAGCACUUAAACACUGUCUCCUCUACCACCUAUCGUCCAGUUCGUUCUUCCAUUGCACCUCUACUUACUUCGGCCCAAGAACGUGAUAAACGUCUUAAGAAUAUCUUGGCUGCGCGACGUAGUGCCUUACAACGUCCUUUCUUUCGUAAUCGUAUUGGCACCACUGGACGUACGGCCACGGCUGUCGAAACGACCUCAAAAUCACCCACCGAUCCGCGAUCUAUUUGCAUACGAAAUUGUACGAAAAAUUUCACAAAACGAACCACAGCCAGCUGCAUGAGACAAUGUGCCAACUUCUCCAGAGUGGGUUCCAAUAUACCGGGCGCUGGUUUAUCCACAGUGGUGGUAAAAAAUUCCUCAAAAUCCGGCACAGGUACAGCACAAGCGGGCGAACGAGACACCAAUGAAAUCUUAUUUACCGAUGAAUCUUCUCAUGGUUUAUUGGUCAUAGCGAAAGAGCAAAAUGAUACCUUGAAUCAUAUACCAGAUGAAAAUAAAGGUGGCAUUGCUGCCAAACAGAGAGGAAGGCGUAAGCAACAAUCUCAAAUCAAUACGGUAACAUUGGCCACCACUUCCCUAGAAGACGAUGAAAUACAACCUUACUUGUAUUUCGGACAGAAGUUGCCUCCUUUAAAACCCAAUGCCUUAACCAUUACCUCGGUAAGUGAUGAGCACCCCAAGUUAUUGGAAGUAUCAGUAGCGGAUUUGGAAACAUCUUCCACUACCCCGGUAACUUUAACUUCAGCCUCUACGCUGUCGGCCGUGGAGAGAAGUCGCGCUCGCUUCAAAUUUAACAUGAGACAGGGUGCAAAUUAUAAUAAUAAGAGAUAUACCAACAUAAAUAGAUCUACCACACCAGAAGUUCCCACUGAACCAAGAACUACUACUCUCAGAAUAGUGGCCGAAGUGGUAAAAGAGCCUAAAAUAAAAGUAUUAAGAUCAGAUUUGCUGGACAAAAUCCGUGGCUCUACAUCACCCAAACCGUUUACAGAAGCUUUAAGAAAUGAACAAUUAUUUUCGGCAUCUACUCCUUUGAUAAUAACAGUACUAAGUGAUGAAGAAAUGGCCACACCUACACCGGAUACUGGUGUGAUAUUUACCACGAAAAUGGAGCAAAUGAGAAUGCCUACAAUUUUGCCCACAACAACUGCCACGCAACCUACUACUACCAGUACGACGACAACAACUACGACUACCACAACUACAAGAAAGCCAACAACUACUACUACUACUACAGCAGCAACAACCUCAACUACAGCUGCCACUACAACUACUACAGCAGCUACUACCUCAACAACUACGCCAGCUACGACAACAAGCACGACCUUGAAAAUUCCUCAAGCUUAUCAGCAACCCAUCUCCACAACUACAGCUAGAACCACUACUCCCACAACUACUACCACCUCCACCACCACCUCAACAACUACUACACCAGCUCCUACUGCUAUCACCACACAAAAACCCAGUAUCAUCGAUGAAGACACUGAACUAUUAAGGAAAUUAGGUCCCAGUCUAACACAACCCAUUAACACUGACGACAAAACGAAUCUCAUCAUAUUUGUUAAUCGAACAACGGACACUUAUCGACCCAACUAUCGUCUGACCAGCACAACAAUAAAACCUCAACCAGAAAUAUCGGCCUACAUACCACUAGCAGUGACAACCGAUUCCUCAACAACUAUUCUACAUACCACCAUCCUAACAUCCAUCAGAUCGACGGUAAAUUCUCGAAGUAAAGAGGUCAAUCACUAUUUCACCACAACCCCCUACCCCACGUCAAGUUCUCAAAAAGGUCCUGUGCAAAACAGUGAAAUGACACCCUCCUCAACCACCCUACAACCUGUGAUAACAGGGGAAAUAAGCUCGACUGUGGUGACAGAUGACCAAGAGAUUUCCUUGGAAAUGCAACGCAUGAAUGUUGUCACCAUGGUGCUGGCCGGCAUUGGCAUAGUACCUCUACUGGCCAUUAUUUUGUAUUUACUGCGCAACUAUCUGCUAAAGCGACCCAUUAAAGAUGACGAAGAUUUUGAUGUUUGUAUUACGGAUCAGCAGCCCAUAAGUCCAGUGAAAAAAAUCGAUUCAAAAUAUCAAGAAGUGGAUGAAGAUGAGGUGGAUCAUCACAAGAAGCCACCACAAAGACAACACAGUCUACAUAGCAAACUAGUGUCGGCCCCGUUAGCGCGAGACAAUAAUCAUAAUGUGGCCUUGAAUCAGCAGCGUUACGAUGACAAAAGUUCGGUGUCCAGUGAUCAAGAGUUUGAACGUUCCAACAUACGUUUGAAGAGUCUUUUGGGUGAGGGUAAUUUCGGCCAAGUAUGGAAAGCUGAGGCUGAUGAUUUAAGUGGUCAUUUUGGAGCCACACGCAUAGUGGCGGUCAAGACCAUUAAGGCUUGCAGCACCCAGUUGAGUCUGAAAGAUGAGGCGAAUAUUAUGCGUAAAUUGGGUUCACAUCAAAAUGUGGUAACUUUGCUGGGAGCAUGUGUGGAUUCGGAACCCCAUAUGUUGAUUAUGGAAUAUGCCAUGCGUGGUCGUUUGCUGUCAUUGCUAAGGGCAGCCCGCAAUGCCACCAAUAUUUUACCAGCCUCUGUACCUGGCGGUAGAAGUCUGACUCCAUUGUCUCCACGUACCUUGGCGGGCUUCUGUUUGGACAUUGCUCGUGGCAUGGAAUAUAUUGCUGAGAAGAGGAUUGUUCAUCGUGAUCUAGCAGCCCGUAAUGUUUUACUCGAUCAUAACGGUGUUUGCAAAAUCUGUGAUUUUGGCAUGUCCAUAGAUUUGGAUGCGGAACGCAAACGUAAGGAGCUGGAAAAGAAUUGUGCUAACGAAAUAAUGCGCAGUAAUUUCAAUAAAUUUAAAUUUGAUUUUGGAGGAAAAUUCAUAAUGAAUCAUUGGACACAAAGUCCAACCAAAGACAGCAAUGAAAAGAAAUCACAUGGACAUGAUACAAUUGGCAAGAGACCAGCACUACCGAUUAGAUGGAUGGCGCCAGAGGCCUUGCAAUAUAAUAUCUUUAGUACAGAGACGGAUAUAUGGGCAUUUGGUAUAGUGUUGUGGGAAAUAGCAACAUUGGGUUCAACGCCCUAUUCCCAAAUAACGGGACGUGAAGUUAUACGCCGAGUACCACAAGGCUUAAGACCUGAUUUGCCCAAAGAGGGACGUCAUGAGUUUUACAACUUGAUGUCACGCUGCUGGCAUAAGGAUCCCCAUAUGCGUCCCAGUUUCAGCCAGUGUCGUUUGGAAAUAUCACGUUCUCUACACAAAUGGGUGGAUGAUGAUUCAGCCGCCUCCGAUUAUAUGGAUGUUAGUGGUUUUAGUGAAGAUCUCGAACAGGGCAUGGUCUAUUUCAAUCAUCGCAUAUCAGAGUUUGAAUGCGAAAUAUGACAUUAGGAGAACCCAACCCUCUAAUCCUGCUAAACUGCUUUAAGCUUUUUUUCACAUUCUUUUUAACAUUCUACCCAUACUAUUUCCUCCUCAUUUUCAUCAAGUGCUCUUAGCAGUAUUAUUUUUUAAUUUUUCUUGUAUUUUUGGUUUUCUUAGCUUUCAAAGUGCUUAAGGAAAAAUCUUUUUUUAAAAAGGUGCUUUAAAGAAAAAGUUAAAAAUAGAAUAGAAAAAAAAACAUGGAAUAUGUGGCAAAAUUUCAUGAUUAUUGUAAAUAUGUUAUAGUGUUUAUUACUUAAAGAAUUAUUUAAAAUUAAGUUAGUUUAAUUUAAGUUAAACGAAAUUUGUCAACCUGAUAUAACGAAUUUGAUAUGGUCCUUCACGCUUUCUAUGCCGGUUAAUUAUAAUAUAUCUAGCUAAAUUUGUUUAAAAUUCAUUUAACAAAUAUUCUGUGUUAUUAAUUUCAAAUUAAUUUUAGGUCUUGCGAACUAAAAACUUUCGAAUUACAUUGUGUUUAUUGUUAUUUUUCCUGGUCCUUCCAAGCCUUUAAUAAAUGUUAAUGACAAAUUUUGUAUUCUUAUUUUUGUAUUUAAUUUCUUUUUUAGUUUUCUAGUCUUUAUUUUUUUUGUUUCAAUUUGUAAAUUAUAUGAUUAAUUUGACUUUAAUUCUCUUUUUAUUUUUUGUAUUUAAUUAAUUAAUUUUUGUUUUGUAAUUAUGUAAUAUUUUGCACUGUUUAAAGUUUAUUAUUAGUUUUCUUUUUUUUAGAGUGUAAAUAAUUUAGUUUUUAAGUAAGUAAUUGUUCGUAUUGUGUGUAUAUGUAUUACAAAUACCAAGUAUUUAAUUAACAAAAUCUUUUUAAUCAUCACUGUGUUUAUAUCAAUUUCCAUUUAGUAGUUUUAAUGCAAUUUUAAAUUUAUUUAUAAAAUUAAAAACUUUAAACAAAUUAUGAUUUAUAUUUUCUUGCAAUUGAAGUAAUAAAAUUGUAUACGUACUGAAUUAAAUAAAAAAAAA